AACGAAAAUAAAUUCGUUGUUCUAUCAACUGUCGGGACGUGAGCUCUACACUAAAAACUGUGAUUGUUCGGACUUAAAAAUUGUCGCAUAGUGAACGCUGAUUUUAAGAAUUUUCAUAAGAAGCAAAACCGCGUCCAAGAUGGGACUGCACACUGUGGAGGUAUCGUCGGCCAUUCGUCCAGGUAGUCUGAUCCCGCUACCGCCUCCGCCGACGACAGGCACAGCUACCGCAGCUGACGUGGAGAAAGGCGCUACCAGCACCGAUCAGUGGGGCAAAAACAUGCAGAGGUGGCGCAACGAUAACAUUGACAUUGGCAAAGCAGACCCUGGCGGCCCUGGCAUCUGUGCAUUCAUCCUGACGCUUUUCUCUUUCCUGCUCAUUUUGGCUACGUUCCCGCUCUCGCUAUGCUUCUCCGUCAAGGUGGUGCAAGAAUACGAAAGGGCCGUCAUUUUCCGCCUGGGUCGCUUGCUCAAAGGCGGUGCCCGCGGUCCCGGUAUCUUCUUUAUCGUCCCGUGCAUCGACACUUACCGCAAGGUUGAUCUUCGUACCGUCUCCUUCGAUGUCCCACCGCAAGAGAUCUUGUCACGUGACUCCGUGACGGUGGCCGUCGACGCGGUCGUCUAUUACCGCGUGCAAAAUCCAACCAUAGCCGUUUCCAAUGUGGAAAAUUUCAGCCAUUCGACCCGUUUGCUGGCGGCCACAACGCUACGUAACGUCUUGGGUACCAAGAACUUGGCCGAAAUCCUGUCGGAACGCGAGACCAUCUCGCACACUAUGCAGAGCUCAUUGGACGAGGCCACCGACCCUUGGGGUGUUAAAGUCGAACGUGUCGAAAUUAAGGACGUUCGUUUGCCGGUGCAGUUGCAGCGCGCCAUGGCUGCCGAGGCCGAGGCUGCCCGUGAAGCCCGCGCCAAAGUCAUCGCCGCCGAGGGAGAACAGAAAGCCUCUCGUGCUCUCAAGGAAGCCGCUGAAGUCAUCGCCGAAUCCCCGGCCGCCCUUCAGCUACGCUAUCUUCAAACGCUCAACACCAUUUCAGCCGAGAAGAAUUCAACCAUCAUAUUUCCGUUGCCGAUCGAUAUAUUGAAGCAUUUCAUCAAACCUAGCAAGGUCGAUAAAUAUGAUUUGUGAGGAAAGCAGCCGUCACGUGAUGGAUAGCUUGGCAAUCGACCUAACUUUUCGGUCGCAGUACGAUGACCGCACACUGCCCACAACAAAAGAAUCAUUAUAAAACGUAAAUAUGGAACAAUAAUGUUAUCGUUAUUUCAAAAUGCCAGCAACUUUCAAAAGAGUUCAUCGAAAACGGCACUGGCACGCCAUAGAAGAAUCUCAGUCAUUCAGAGCCAACAAUUGAACCAGACGACGAAAGGAUUUUUAUGAUCCAAAAUGGCGGCUCACCUGAAUUCACCGCUGUCAUUUCCUAAAUUUUAAAUCGGCAUUUCAAAAAACUAAAAAAUAUUCUAUCCCUCCACAUGAACGAUUUGUUUAGAAAAAUUACUUUCGAUUUUCUCUUUAGCUGAUGAAUGACCUUUUCUUUUAUUUCGUUUGUUUGGAAAGAAUACGACGUUGGCGUUUUGCCACGUCAUCAUCACACGUUAUGUACAAUUGAAUUUCGUCCUACAGUAAUUCUGUGUAUUCGGCCGUGACACUAAUUUAAUCUCUACAUGACAUUAUUAAGCAAAAGAUAAGCACGAAUUGGGUAGGAUUACACCAACAUCAAUCCAAAGUCAAUAAUAUUUGAAAAGAAAAUCUGUCCAUUCAGUCCAAAAUCUCCUUUCAUCUUUUUCUUGUUUCGCUUUUUGUGCUCGUAUGAUUGCUUUAUCGGGUGCAGGGAUUUUCAUUAUGUGUGUGUAAAAAAAGAAGAAAACCUUUCUCUGAUUCCCAAUCACGAGCGAUAUUUUGUCCCUUAUCUUUUAAUCAUCCAAUGGUCGAAUGUGUACACAAUGCUAGUCUCUCUGUUUGUUCUCUUUCAUUUCUCAUACCGUCAAAGAGAAAAAGGAAAUCUCGAAGUUUGUCUUUUUCUUUUCUAAACAUUUGUCUCAAUCGUAUUUAUUAUUAUUACAUCAUCAUUGUUAUCUACUUAUAUCUCUGGUAAAUACACAAGAUUGCAACAAUCAGAGAAA